CAGCGCUUUCCCUCCUAGUGCAGCCCCAGCCUGGAUCCUCCAUCCACUUCCAUUACGUUGCUCAUCUUACAGCGGCCUGGAUCAGAUUCCUGAGCUAAGUGACAGUCGGCAGAGUUCAGAGCUGGCUGCUGAGCGACACAGUCAGAAUGGCAAAGUUCCUGACACAGGAUCAGAUUAAUGAUUUUAAGGAGUGUUUCUCUCUCUACGACUGUGAGCGCAAAGGAAAGAUUAAAGCACAAGACCUGAUCAUAGUAAUGCGAUGUCUUGGAUCAAGCCCCACUCCAUCCGAGGUCCAACGACACCUGCUGUGUCACAAUACAGGUGGUGGAGAGCUGGACUUCUCCACUUUUCUGAGCAUCAUGCACCGGCAGCUCCAGCAGGAGGCACCAGAAGAGGAGAUCCUGGAGGCAAUGAGGAUGGCCGAUAAGGAGCAAAAGGGCUUCAUCCUGGCCUCCGAGCUACGAGCUAAACUCACCGGGCUGGGAGAGAAGCUGACCGACAAAGAGGUGGAUGAGCUGCUGAAGGAGGCGGGUGUUGGAGCUGAUGGGCGGGUCCACUGUGAGCAGUUUGCUAAAGCGGUGACGCGUUCCUCCACAAAGCGCUGACACAACCAACGCUCAGGAUUUUAUUUUUUAUUAUAUAAACUGGAAAAACUACAUCAUUAUUUGUGCUCUUUGUGCUUUUUAUACUAAUACCUGUAAACUGACAAUAUUAACCCUUUUAAGUCUGCCAUUAUAACAG